GUCUAUAAAAUUACGAGCAUGGUGAAAUCAAUGAAACCUGCUAAUUCUUCUGUUUUAGUUUAGGUUUAUCAAGAACCCCUCCCAAUCUAACGCUUCCUCUGCUAGAGAUUUGCUGUCUUCUUUGACCUGGGGCAGAAGAUGUGUUUAGAGGAUAUGGAACUGAAGUUUUUUUUUGGGUAGGGAAAAGCAUGUCCAAAGAGCCUAACCUUUAUGCUGCCAUCAUUCAACAUUGUCACUAAUGUUUGAUUGCAUUUACUAGUUUAUUAGAUAGAGAACUUAGGUUGACCAGAAUGCAGAACACUGACUUACCCAAUGAGGGAAACAAAUUUCAAGUCUGGAAAUUAGAGAUCACUGACAAAAGCAAGGGUUUCAUGGAGUUAUUGCAGCAACUAAGUGUUUGUGACUCUGUGUCUGACAAGCAAUUCGAAGAGCGAUUUCAAGAACUCAGUGCUUAUGGUGAUGACCAUAUUGGUUGUGUGAUUGAAGAUAAUCAUUCUGGGAAAAUUAUUGCAACUGGGAGUAUGUUCAUCGAGAAGAAGUUUCUGAGAAAUUGUGGAAAAGUUGGGCAUAUUGAAGAUGUUGUGGUUGAUGCCGGUUCGCAAGGAAUGCAAUUAGGAAAGAAGACAGUCAAAUUCCUUACAAACCAUGCGCAUGAAAUGGAGUGUUACAAGGUAAUUCUUGAUUGCGGUGUUGGCAAUAAAGCAUUCUAUGAGAAAUGCGGUUUCAAAGAGAAAGAAAUACAGAUGGCUCGGUACUUUGUUUGAGAAAUAAUUUUCUUAAUGCUAUAUUUUUUCAUAUUUGCACUCAUUGAAAUAACGAAACACAUGCUAACUUUUUUUUAUUUGAAA